CACCAAGGCACUUUAGGGGGCCGAAGCAGCUAAAACCCUGGAUGAAAAACCCCAAAAUUGAAAAUUCAUCAAAAAUUGAUGCUGUAAGCCAAAUCAUAGAAUCAGCCAUGGAAACGAAACUAUAGCAAGCUCACAUCUUCCACAACAAUCAGUUCCUUAUUCUUCUUCUCCGUCCAAUGUUUGCUACAAAAAACCUUCAAAAGCGCUGUUUUCAAACAAUCACCUCCCGUAUCAUCACCAAUUGCUCCAGGGAUGUGAAGUUGUUAAGAGGUGCGAGUUUCCCCAAUAUUACGCCAAGGUAUGCUAUCGAUUCUAGUUUUGUGAUUAGAGACGAGACAUUUCUGAGCUCAAUCAGCUCGCGCAAUUGCUUCGAUGGAUAUCGGAGGUAUUCUACUUCUAAAGGUCGGAGUAUGAGGAGUAAAGUGGAGAUGCGAAUGAAGAAAGAGUCUGGUAAAACCCUAAGGGAGAUCAGGCGAGCUAAGAAGAUACAGAAGAAGCUGAUGACGGAUGAAGAACGCCUCAUUUACAACCUCAAAAGAGCCAAGAAAAAAGUAGCGUUGCUUCUCCAAAAACUGAAGAAAUACGAGCUCCCUGAGUUGCCACCUCCACGACAUGAUCCUGAGCUAUUGACACCUGAACAAGUUCAGGCAUUGAAGAAGAUUGGUUUCAGAAACAGGAAUUAUGUUCCAGUUGGUGUUCGUGGAGUGUUUGGAGGUGUGGUUCAAAACAUGCAUAUGCAUUGGAAGUUCCAUGAAACUGUUCAAGUUUGCUGUGAUAAUUUCCCCAAAGAAAAGAUCAAGGAAAUGGCAACCAUGCUUGCAAGAUUAAGUGGUGGCAUUGUAGUGAAUAUACAUAACGUGAAAACAAUCAUCAUGUUUCGUGGAAGAAAUUACAGACAACCCAAGAAUUUGAUACCUAUCAACACCCUUACAAAAAGAAAGGCAUUAUUCAAAGCAAGAUUUGAACAAGCUCUUGAUUCUCAAAAACUAAACAUAAAGAAAAUCGAACAACAACUUAGAAGAAUGAAUGUAAACCCAGAUGAUCCAAUUGCAAUGGCUAGCAUACAAAGAGUUGCAUCAACGUUUUUCAAUGCUAUUGACAAAAGAGAAGGAAGCCCAUAUGUGUUCCAUGGUGAUAAUAAUAAAGCUAAAGAAUUAAAUGGUUUAAUGAUUAAAGAAUCAGAAUCUGGUGAAGAAGAUAGUGAUCAAGAGGAGCUUGAUAAGUUUAUAGCAGAGAUAGAAGAUGCAGCUGAUAAAGAGUGGGAAGAAGAGGAAGCUGCUGAGAAAGAAGAAGUGAAUAGGAUUAGGUAUUUGUAUAGAGAAGAUUAUGAUGGGAGGUAUACGAAGCCUGAUAUGGGUAGAAAGGCCCCACAGAGGGGUGGGGAUAGCGAGAAUGAUGAAGAUGAUGAAAAUGACGAAAAUGCCCCUGGUUAUGUGUAUGGUGCUCCGAAGGUGGAGAGAUGGAAAGAGGGUAGAAAUGGGAAGUUUGGUAAUCGUGGGAGGUUUAAGGGAAGAGAUGAAGGUAGUGGUAGUGAGGAUGAUGAGGUUGAUGAAAAUGACGAAAAUGCCCCUGGGUAUGUGUAUGAUGUUCCGAAGGUGGAGAGGUGGAAGGGGGGUAGAAAUGGGAAGUUUGGUAAUGCAGGGAGAUUUAAGGGAAGAGAUGAAGGUAGUGGUAGUGGUAGUGGUAGUGAGGUUGAUGAAAAUGACGAAAAUGCCCUUGGUUCGGAAGAUAUGUUGGAUGAAUUGGAAAGUGUUAUGUUUGAAUCUGAUGAAGAAAAUGGGAAUAAGGUGAAUAAUGAAUCGAAAUUAUUUUCAAAAUCAGAAAGCAAGGUGAAAACAGCAAAAAAUAUGGAUGAAGAUUGGGAUAGUGAUUAA